GGUAAGCCCCGCAACGAGAGCGCUUCCUGCCAAAUAGUGCUCCCUAACAACAGACAAAGCUUGUCAGAGUGGAUUCCGGUGAAGAAAACCUCCGUAACGGCGCUCCUGCUUUCCUCCUUCAAUGGGUCCCGACAGGCUCUCCGGCUGCAGAGAGUAGGCUGAGCGUGCAGACAUGUCGGGUCGCUCUGCUGCAGAGAUGGACGACUCGCAGGAGCUGCCGGCAAAGAAGGCCAAGAUUGAGCUCGACGGUGGACUGGAGAAGGAGCAGAGUAAUUUGGGUGACGAUGGGAGUCCGGCUUCUGUUUUAGCUUCAUCGGAGCAGGACGGCUCGUAUUCUGCUCUGUCCACUGCACAGCUCGACCCAGGUGAACAUGAGCAGUCCAAUGCAGACAGAGGAGCAGCAUCUCAAACAUGUGGCGACUCCAUUAACUCGUACGCACAUUCAGCCGCCGACACAACAGCCACGUCUGAAUACACCCAGCAGGUUUAUCAGGGAAGCAGCCCAGCAGUGACGUCCUACACCGGCCAGGUCUCCUUCCCUCCUCUGGCUCAGUCCACCGUGUACUCGGCCUUCCCCCAGACCGGACAGACUUACGGCCUUCCACCGUUCGGUGCUAUGUGGCCAGGCAUAAAAACAGAGACAGGGCUGCCUGAGGCGCCCUCUGGUGGCCAGCCUGGGUUUCUCAGCUUCAGCACCGCAUAUACCUCAACCCAGCCCGGCCAGCUGCACUACUCAUACCCCAGCCAAGGCUCCAGCUUCACAACAUCCAGCGUCUACUCCAACAUCCCCUCAGCUACAGCCGUCACCACGGCCUCCACAGCAGCAGCAGCACACCAGGAGUUCAGCAGCUACAACUCUCUGGGUCAGAGCCAGUUCUCCCAGUACUACAGUCUGCCUCCCAGUUAUGUUCCUGCUGGUCUGCCCAGCAGUGAUGAGCACAGCGCUGGUGUUGGAGCAGCCGGAUAUUCAGCGGUGAAGUCGGAGGAAGCCGCUUCAGCUGGACUUCCUCCCAGAGAUGCGUCUCCACCUGAGAACCUCCCGGCAGGAGCAGCUCUUCCCACCAACGUGGCUCUGCCUGCUGGAGCUCGAGAUCAGGACGAGGUCGGUCGCAGGAACUCUGUGGGAAAAGCCAAAGGGAAGGGCAAGAAGUCGGACAGCUGCCCACCGACCGACACCGACCUGGAGCGUAUUUUCCUGUGGGAUCUGGACGAGACCAUCAUUAUUUUCCACUCGCUGCUCACUGGCUCUUACGCUCAGAAGUUUGGAAAGGAUCCGGCCACGGUGCUGAAUCUGGGCCUGCAGAUGGAGGAGCUGAUCUUCGAGCUGGCGGACACUCAUCUGUUCUUCAACGACCUGGAGGAGUGCGAUCAGGUCCAUGUGGAGGAUGUAGCUUCUGAUGACAACGGACAGGACCUGAGUAACUACAACUUCCUGGCGGACGGUUUUAAUGGUCCCAGUGGUGGAGGAGCUUCAGGAACCACCACAGGAGUCCAGGGAGGCGUGGAGUGGAUGCGCAAACUGGCCUUCCGCUACCGUCGGCUAAAAGAGAUCUACAACAGCUACAAGAGGAACGUCGGGGGCCUGUUGAGUCCCAUGAAGAGGGAGCUGCUCAUAAGACUUCAGUCUGAGAUCGAGAACGUCACCGACGCCUGGCUCAGCACAGCGCUGAAGAGUCUGCUGCUCAUCCAGUCCAGGGGGAAGUGUAUGAACGUGUUGGUCACCACCACUCAGCUUGUACCUGCUCUGGCCAAAGUUCUGCUGUACGGUCUGGGAGACGUCUUCCCCAUCGAGAACAUCUUCAGCGCCACAAAAAUAGGGAAGGAGAGCUGCUUUGAGAGGAUCGUCUCUCGCUUCGGUAAGAAGGUGACGUAUGUGGUGAUCGGUGACGGCAGAGACGAGGAGUUCGCAGCUAAACAGCACAACAUGCCUUUCUGGAGGAUCUCGCUCACGGCGACCUGGUGUCUCUUCACCAAGCGCUGGAACUGGACUUCUUGUAAAGGAGCAGAAUGCGGCUUAAAGGGAAAAACGUGGGAGACUUUGGAGAGAACUGAAUCCUCCACAGCUGUUAGAAACCUUCUCUCUCUGAGGGACGGCCCUGGAUUUAGGUUCGUGUCGCCUGGCGCUCCUCCUCUACGGCAGCUAACCUCCCCACCUGACUGGCACUGAUCUGGACACAGAAGGUAUACUUUAUUUUUUUAUUUUACCUUCUCCACGGCCUUUAUUUUUAUUUCCUCUUCAGAAAACCUCUUGCAGCCGGCUUCAUCCCUCUCGGUUCUCUUUCUGUUCUCUGUAGAAGCUUUUCAGAAGACUUGAAGUCAUCGUUUUUUUAGUCAUCAAACCUCCAGUAAUCCCGGCUUCGUCUGAUGUUCUUUGUGUCGCCAUUUAACUGAAGCUGGUUUUAAAUAGUGUGACUUCAUCCUGAGCAGACCACAGCAUCCGUCAGCUGAUCAGCAGACGUGUGGUUGGAGUGAUCCGUGGUCACUGAGCAUGUGCAGAACAUCAGACGUGUCAUGAAACAUCCACCAUGACGUGCACAAACCACGAACCUGAUCUGUUUCAGCAACAACUGUGGAAGAAGCUGCUCUCUGGUUUGGAGUUUCUGCCCCAGUAGUUGAAGUAUUAUUAUCAAAGCAGUGAACAGGGUUUUAAAACGUCGCAGUCCAGUGAAAAUCAUUCCUCACCACAUUUAUCCUUCUUUCUUGUCAAAACCUGCUCCUUAAAUCAGCUGCAGUUUAACUGAAGUGAAUCUCAUUUCUGUUUGGCUCCAAAGUAUUUUAGACGAGAUCUGCUAAAAACAGCUGAAUUAAUCUGAAUCUGCUGCUUCUCAGCUCAGUGACAUGAAAUUUCCAGACAACAAAAUGAGACUGAAGCUCGUAGAUGAAUUUAAAGCCUUUAAUUUAGCAAACAGAGGAACAUUUCAACUACGCCGUCUCUCCAUCGGUGAGUUGAAACAGUUAAAGGUUGUGAAUUUGUUGCUUAAAUCAGUGGAGUCAAACUGAUCUUAGUCCAGGUUCCACAUCCAGUCCAGUCUGAUCUCCAGUAAAACCACAGCAGAAUAACCUAGAAAUAACCACAACUCCUAAUGGUUCCUUUGUUUUACUGCAGAAGUGUUCACAUUUAGGGAAUUAUCUUUUUACUAAACAUCAUGAACAACCUGAAAUUAAUGGAGAAAAACACAUUGCAAUCUACAAAUUAUAGUUUAUCUACAACGGAACAAAACAUUUAGUCACAGGUAUCUGGAACUCAACCAUAGAGGAUUUUACUUUAUGAUCACAACAAAAGUCAGACAAAAAACAACAAAAACAAGACAAAUUGUAGACACACAAAGACAAAAAGUUAGACAAACGACACAAAACAAAAAAGAGACAAAAAAUUUGACAAACAACAAAAACGAGACCAAAAAUUAAAUAAAUGACACAAACAAUACAAAAAAUGACAGAAGUGAAAAACAAAGUGACAAAAAAAUGGACAAACAGCACAAGCAAGACAAAAAAGAUGCACAAAACAAUGAAUGAAGCGAAACACAAAAUGGCAAAAAUAAGACGAAAAACACAAGCGCUUUCGGUUGUUUUCUUGUCUGCAGAUUAUUUCUCAGUAAAAUUUCCCAACAGAUUUUCAUGAGGUUUUGUUUUAUGGUUGAGAAAAGUCACUGGACAGAAGCGUGAUCACAGAUCAGCUUUUUGCAGCUUGACAUGUUGGACAGUCGUGGUUUUCACCGCAGUGUGACGCUAAUCUUUGUGUUUUCCUGCAGCCUGACCUUCAGGCUCCUCAGAGCACAGUCCUAAGUGUCCUUGAAACCCCAUAAAACGUCCGUCAAAAACAUCUCAGAAAGAAUUGACCAGCUUGUCUUUGAAACAGUAGCGUUCUCACGUGUAGAUGGUUCCUGUCGUUUAAUGAUGUGACAAAGGACAAAACAAACUGAUCCGUGUUCUAUGAAUAUUCAGUGUUUUCUAGUGGAACGCCCUCGGCUGGAUUUCUGUUUGACGUCAGUGUUUAUCAUUGGAAAGUCACAGAAUUCAGUUAAAAGCAUGGACGCUCCGAUUGUGUUUAUUUUGACCCGAAUCUUGUUUUAUUUUCUCAAGGUAGAACUAAAACUAUUUGUAAUUUUUCAAGCAAAAAUACCACAGAAACAGACAAUCUUUGGGUUGUUGGAGGGUUUUUGAAAACGAGCAUGUUGAAGACGUCACUUUGAUUGAAGGAAAUUAGAGCUGCAACGAUUGAUCCGUUAGUUGAGAUGAGGAUGGCAAAUUUAGAAUCAUUUCCUCAACCGAUAACCGUCAGCGUUAUCAAUCAGUAAUCAAUACUGAGUGCAGUAGGCGUUGUAGUAACUGUAGUAAUAUUACCCUUACCUGCCACAAGGUUGUAGUCAAUCCUGGCGAACGAUAGUUUUAUUAGCUCUAAUCGGAGGUCAUUAGCCUCCACAGAAGUCUUUUUCAUGGUGCCCGUUGCUGCUAAAUUUCCACAAUGCUCUCUGCUUGUCAACAUGAACUGUAGUUAAAUAGGAAGAAGCUCCACCUGGUUGAAAAAACAGGUACUACAACUGAUCUGCAUGCAAUCAACACGUUUUCAGAGCACAGUCUUAAGUGUCCUUGAAAUUCCGUACAUCCGUGAGAAACGUCUCAGAAGGAGAUGACCAGUGGAAAGGUUUGUCUGGUGGUAGUUUAUGUUCAACCAAUAACUAACUACAUCCUACAUCCCAAAUCCUUUCAGAGAUUUUUUUAAUCACCUGCCAUACAUGCAUAUAUUGGCUUUUUUUAGUGUACGAUGAAGCAGUUAAACGUUGCUUUCUGCAAAUUUUCCACGUCUUUUUUUUAAGGGUGUUUCCAUUGGAUGAUAAAGGUUCCGAAUGACUGGCAUGUAUGUCAACCAAUCUAAAGUUUGUGGGAUGGAAGUUUCCCAACCAUAAAAAUCUGCUCAUUUUAAGGUCAAAAGUUAACCGCCAGACUGUUGGGCUGAUUUAGAGCUUUUGCUUCGAUACCGAAGGAUUUGUGAUUUGCUGAUGAGUGUUGCACAAGCAAAGAGAAAUCUGUUGGAGAUCUUUUUUUUUUCUUAUCAGACGUUCUUCACUGAAUUCUUCAGUAAAAAUGUUCUGCUGGAGUGAAAGAAAGUUAGUAGUUUGAUGCAGUUGUUUGGGUUGCCGUGUUUUUUUCAAUUUGAAGAAAAUGUCUUAAAUUACCCAGAAUUCAUGGCCAAUUAAUUUUAUUUUACCUUGUCAGCCCAAUAAAUGCGUCAUACAGGCCCAGUGAAAGCUAUCUCCUUAAGUUGAGGACCAAUCAUCCAACGGGUGAAUAAUUUGUGGCGCAGCAUUGGUGACGCUUAAUUUUUUUUUUAAAUAUGGUGAACUCUGCAAGUGAAACUUUGGCAGCAGAAGGUUACACUUUUAAAUAUGGAUGUCCUGAUCAGGUUUUUAUUUGCACCCGAUCCGAUCUGAGACAUUAAGUGUCUGUCGAUACUUGAUUUGAAAUUACAAAAAAUUGUCUUCAGCAACAAGAGGAACAAUAAGUCUUGCAAAAGAUGGUAUAAACAGUCAAAAAUAUCUUAGUUAUAUAUAAGAUAUAAUAUAUAACUAAUAUAUUUUUGACUGUUUAUACCAUCUUUUGGUAAGAUGAUACAAACAGUUGCCUGUAAAGUGAACCCAAACGUUUGAACGGUAGUGUACAUCAAGUAUCGUCAGACAAUAAAUGUCUUGGAUCGGAUCGGGUGCAAGUUUAGUUUUGUAUAUUCAAUGAUCAGUCAUGACAGUUUCAGCUAAUUUUGUUUACAAAUGGUAGAAAACAGUGAAAGUGUGGCGUCUUUAUAUCGACUAGAACUAAAAAAAAAAAAAAAAUCAAGAAAACGACUCAAAGCUAAUUCAAUUCUGGUGUUUUUGCUUGAAAAAUUCUGAAAAUGGUUCCAGAUGAAUCGUUGAAUCUUCAUCCACACCUUUGAGUCGUAUCUGAGGAGGAAAAACCAAAAGCAAGGACUGUGCAAUAGAUUCCUACUUUCUACUUUGACUAUCUGGAGGAUUUUUCGGGGCGGUGGAAGAGAUUUACGACUGAACAAUACUGAGCCUGAAGAAGAUGUUUCCACACAUGCAGCUUGACCGUUACGAAUGUGUAUUUCUGUGUAAUUACUUUGUGUGCAUAUUUAUAUUGUGCCUUUAACCAUCAUCAUAAUCUCAAAGGGAAAUAUGUACGUUUUUGUUUUGUUUGAUCCGUAUAUUGCUGCAUCCUUCUAGUAUCCAAAGUGUUAUUUUACCUUUUUUAAUGCUUUUUUUUUUUUUUUUUUUAAGAUUUUCUUUUGUUACCCAGUUUUCUUGAUAUGUUCUGUCUGCACUGUAAAGGUCUCCUCCAAAACUCCACUUUUCAUUCUCGUUUCUCGUCCAUUUUGCUCCUUUUGAAUGGAAAUCUGGUUUAUUUAGUGGCUGUGAAACGCUCAGACAAUCACAAUCCGGCGUUUUUAAGGCAGAAGUGAGAAGCAGCUUUAAAUGAAGCUGCUUCUGAUUGCUCAGUGUUGUACUACCUAAAGAAACCCAAGAAAAGUUAAGACCUUUUGCAUCUUUUCAGCUUAUUGAAUGUUUAUUUCUUUACCUGCAUGUUGCAUCUGUUUUGAAGUAAAUCUCAUGGAGAAUGUCCGUGAAACGUUAAAGGGCCUUUAGUAGAUGAGUCCUCUUUCUGUUUUUAUUCUUUCCGAUGCCAAAUACUGUUGUUCAAAUUCUGUCUGUUUUCUGUUUUUUUAUGUGUUUCAUCUCAUUUUCGAGGCGAUCUGGGGUCGUGUGGACGCCUGUAAACUGAACACUUAUUCUAAUAAUCACAGCUAAUUUAAUUCCAGUAAUCACUACGUUCCCUCCACAGUCCUGUACGGUUCUCCUGUGUACGCCCAAGAACAUGUAAAUACAUUUUAAAAAGUU